CUGUCUCUCUGUGUCUGUGUCUCCCCUAUUAUCCUCAUUUGCAGGUGCGGCCCAGCAGGACAACUGAUGGAGUCCUCCAAGGUCCAUCGAGUACCAGACUGGCUGGCCCUGUAGGGUUGGGAGCAGCCCCUGCCCCUCAGUAUGGCCAACACCACUGGACAGCCCGAGGAGGUGAGCGGCGCACUGUCCCCACCAUCAGCAUCAGCUUAUGUGAAGAUGGUGCUUCUGGGACUGAUCAUGUGUGUGAGCCUGGCGGGCAAUGCCAUCUUGUCCCUGCUGGUGCUCAAGGAGCGUGCCCUGCACAAGGCUCCUUACUACUUUCUGCUGGACCUGUGCCUGGCUGAUGGCAUACGCUCCGCCGUUUGCUUCCCUUUUGUGCUGGCUUCUGUGCGCCACGGCUCCUCAUGGACCUUCAGCGCACUCAGCUGCAAGAUUGUGGCCUUUAUGGCCGUGCUCUUUUGCUUCCAUGCAGCCUUCAUGCUGUUCUGCAUCAGUGUCACCCGCUACAUGGCCAUUGCUCACCACCGCUUCUAUGCCAAGCGCAUGACACUCUGGACAUGUGCAGCUGUCAUUUGCAUGGCCUGGACACUCUCUGUGGCCAUGGCCUUCCCACCCGUCUUCGAUGUGGGCACCUACAAGUUUAUCCGUGAGGAGGACCAGUGCAUCUUUGAGCAUCGCUACUUCAAGGCCAAUGACACGCUGGGCUUCAUGCUUAUGUUGGCUGUGCUCAUGGCAGCCACACAUGCUGUUUAUGGCAAGCUGCUCCUCUUCGAGUAUCGUCACCGUAAGAUGAAGCCAGUGCAGAUGGUGCCAGCUAUCAGCCAGAACUGGACAUUCCAUGGCCCUGGGGCCACAGGCCAGGCUGCUGCCAACUGGAUCGCUGGCUUUGGUCGUGGGCCCAUGCCACCAACUCUGCUGGGUAUCCGGCAGAAUGGGCACGCAGCCAGCCGGAGGCUGCUGGGCAUGGAUGAGGUCAAGGGUGAAAAGCAACUGGGCCGUAUGUUCUACGCAAUCACACUGCUUUUCCUGCUUCUCUGGUCACCCUACAUUGUGGCCUGCUACUGGCGAGUGUUUGUGAAAGCCUGUGCCGUGCCCCACCAUUACCUGGCCACUGCUGUUUGGAUGAGCUUUGCCCAGGCUGCUGUCAACCCAAUCGUCUGCUUCCUGCUCAACAAGGACCUCAAGAAGUGCCUGAGGACUCACGCCUCCUGCUGGGGCACAGGAGGUGCCCCAGCUCCCAGAGAACCCUACUGUGUCAUGUGAAGCAGUCUGAUAGGCAGAUAGGAUGAAGAAGGUCAUAGCCACCAUAAUGGGGCCAACAGAAAGGAAAGGGUGGGCCCCAUAAAGGAGAAUCUCUUUCUGAGCUCCAGCCCCAACCCCUCAGACUGCCUGGAAUCUAAACACCUUUGCCAACACCUCCCCAGGGUUGGGAACUGGGAAGGGGACUGGGAAAGAGGUGUUUCUAGUUCUGUGGGGCCUGUUUUUGCCACCUCCUUCUCCCCUUCUACAAUCUCUUCCUUUCCCCUGUCUCAGUCUCUCAAUCUCUCAAUUUCUCUUUCUCUCAAAAGUGACAAUUCAGAGAAAGAAAGCAAGACUGAAAAUGCAGGUUCUACUAACAGCUGAGGAGACAGGCUUUUCUGCUUUAAUGUCUCUCCUGAAACUGUCCAGAAGGAAGAAAUUUGUCAUGUAAAAUAGACUUCAGAGCUCUUAUUGCCCUCUCUGUUCCCAUGCACACUCCCUCUUCUAAGCCCUUUAGCAAGGCCUGGAUAUUUAGGGAGAAACUGAUCUGCUGACGAGGGAUGAAAGAGGGUGCUGGGUCCCCACAGAGCAGAGAUGUUUAAUUGCUAUGUUGUAUGCAAUUUUGUUUUAGGCUAACCUUGGUCCCAAGCCUGGUCUCCUCUCUCUCUCCACCGUGCCCAGACCUCCCAGGUGUUUCUUGCACAUCUGUUUGAGAAGCCAGGAGGGGAGGGAGAACCCCUGAGAUGGGCUCCAACUAGAUUAAGAGCAGGAUGUGAGCUGUAUGCCUUGAGCCAAAGAGACCUGAGCUUGGCUGCAUUCUCUGGAGCUGCCUCCAGGAUUCUCGGCCCUCAGCUCUUCUUUUUGAGAACGGAAAUGCACUCCAGCACCACUAGGGCUGAUGUGGGUGCCACAGAGGCAGGAACAUCCCCUCCAGGAGAGUGUAGGGAGAGAGCCAAACUCCCCAGAGUAGAUGGAUCCCGGAGCUGGGGAUCAGAGCAGAAUUCAACCCCAGAUUGUCUCCUUCAUUCAUGCUGCUCUCUUGGAGAUGAAAAUCCUUUUGGGGCCUUGGCAACUCAUAGUGGUAUAAGCUCCAAGGCACUGUGGACUUUAGUCCAUUCCUAUCUGACCUCUUUUUGUCUCCCUCAAGCCUCAGGGGCCUCAAGGACCUCUGUGGAAGCCCUUCUGGGUCCACAGCUCCCAGCAGCCCUUCUCCCCUUCCCUCCCACCACCCUUCCCCCGACCCAAAGUGGAGCACACUGCAGCCAGAUCCUCCAGGUGGGAGGUCCCAAGCCUCCCUCUUGGGGCAGAGUCCAUUCUGGGCCCCUGUCAAGGCCAGUUCCUAUGGACUGCUGAGCCAGGCUGGUGCUCCUUUGCCUGUUCUUGCCCAGGUUCUCCAUCCCCCUCUCAUUUCCCAGGAAAGGAGGAGAUCCUUAUUUAUCCUCCCCACUUUCCCUUCCCAAUAGAAGCUCUUGCCCAAAGCUCCAUUCCUACCCCAAGACAGCCCCAGAACUGGGGAAGCCUUGACACAAGAAAAAUGGGGAGGGCACUCUGGGCAGGAGAGACAGUAAUGAGCCUGGCUGUGGAGUACCCCUGGGAAGGCAGGCCAGAGUGGCUGAGAGGCUGGGGCUGGGGGGUGCCUGUUCUCUCAGUGAUAGUGAUGGAAGGGUGCC